GUCCGGCUAUACGAGUCCAUGCUGAUUCUGCUAGCAGUUUAAGGAACACUGAACCAGGAAGUCUCUCAGUUCAGAGGGAAUGAAACUGAUUUCAGAGUGCUGCUCUCUCCCUCUCUCUCUCUCUCUCUCUCUCUCUCUUUCUCUCAGUCUGACCAUUCAGGAAAAUGGCAGAAACUGGUAUUUCGGAAGAUCAGUAUCGGUUUAUCUGUCCAGUCUGUCUGCAUCUGCCAAAUGAUCCAGUGACCGUUCCCUGUGGACACAGUUUCUGUAUGCUGUGCAUUAAUGGCUGCUGGGAUCAGGAGGAUCAGAGGGGGGUCUACAGCUGCCCCCAGUGCAGAGAGACCUUCACUCCGAGGCCUGUUCUACGCAGAAACUACUUUAUAGCUGAAAUGUUGGAGAAACUGAAGAUAGAACAUCAAGCUGCUCCUCCUGCUGGACCUGGAGAUGUGGAGUGUGAUUUCUGCACUGGGAGAAAACUGAAAGCUGUCAAAUCCUGUCUGAUGUGUUUGGCCUCCUUUUGUGAAGAUCAUCUUAAGCCUCACCUUGAAGUUCCUGGUUUGAAAAAGCACAAGUUGGUCAAAGUGUCCAAUCAGCUACAACAGAAGAUCUGCUCUCAACACGACAAACUGAUCGAGAUCUACUGCCGCACUGACCAGAGCUGUAUUUGCUACUUGUGUACGAUGCAUGAACACAAAGGUCACGAUACAGUUCCAGCUGUAGCAGAAAGAGCCCAGAAACAGAGUGAGCUAAAGGUGCUGGAGAGGAGGUUUCAGCAGAGACUCCAGGAGAAGGAGAAGAAGCUGCAGGAGCUGAAACAGGCUGUGAACACUAUUAAGCACUCUGCACAGGCAGCACUGGAGGACAGUGAGAAGAUCUUCACUGAGCUGAUCCGCUCCAUUGAGAAGAAGCGCUCUGAGGUAACAGAGCUGAUCAGAGCUCAGGAGAAGGCUGAGCUGAGUCAAACUGAAGAACUGCUGGAGAACCUGGAGCAGGAGAUUGCUGAUCUAAAGAGGAGAAACACUGAGCUGGAGCAGCUUUCACAAACUGAGGAUCACAUCCAUUUCCUCCAGAGUUUCCAGUCUCUCUGUGUCUCUUCUGGAUCUGAGGCCUCGUCCAGCUUCUCUGUCCAUCCACAGCAGUCAUUUGAUGGAGUGAGGAAAUCUCUCUCUGAUCUGAAAGAGCGUCUAGAGCAAUUCAAGAAGGAAUUCAGUGAAAUCCCUGCACAGAGUUCCACAGCUGCUGCAGGACGAAUAAUUGCAUGCUCAUGGACAAAAACCAGGCGACAAUUUCUGCAGAGUUCCACAGCUGCUGCAAGUCGAGUGAUUUCACCUUCAGCGCCAAAGACCAGAGAAGAUUUUCUGAAGUGUAUGUACAAAACACACAUGCACCCACAUAGAAAGAUAGUUUAA